ACAUACAUUGUAAAUUAUAAUCAAAUCAUUUUCUAAAAGUUGGUUGCUGGUGAUCUGAAUAAAACGGUUUAAAACAGCACAUAUGAGCAGCAAUAUGAUAGUUACUUUGCUUAUUGGAUGGAUGAUAAAUUCUGUUUUCGUAAGCGGAAUCGAUUUUCAAAUUCAAGUAAAUGAAAACCCAAAAAUCAACGAAAGUCGCCAGAAAGCUCUGGAAUGGCUUUUUUCUGUUCAAGACAGUAAUGGAAGUUGGGGUUCAGAAACACACCGUAUCCUCACUUCCAUUAUUUUAUCAGAUGAAACUUUUAGGAACGAAAAACAUUUAAAAUACUAUAAAGCAUUCGAAGAAUUGAAAACAAAACUUUCUUUUGCACUUUCUGAAAGAAUUACGUCUAUCUCUGCAGGACAGCUAGCAUUGUAUGCCAAUGCUCUAAUGACAAAUUGUUAUGAUCCUCAAAAUUUUAAUGGAGUCAAUAUAAUUAGUAAAAUGAUUGAAAAGAAGAAAAUAUCCAGCUAUGAAAUUGGUUUAGUAUCACUUUCAGCUUGUUUAGCCAAAAAGGAGCAUGAUGUGAUCCUAAUGGGUACUGAUUUCUUACAAAAAUUAAAUCCGUUAUUUGUUGAUGCAAGAGCAAUGAUUGUCAUGGCAUUAAUUUGUAUUAGAGAUAAGUAUAAAGAAAAUAAAAUGAAUAAAUAUAUUCAGGAGCAAUUGGAAUUACUUAAAGGUCUACAAACUUCUAAAGGAAAUUUUGGAAAUAUAUAUAGUUCGGCAUUAGUUAUUCAGGCGCUGACUGCUGCUAAAGAAAAGGAUGGCUGGUCAUAUGAAAAAGGUAUUAAUUAUGUCCUUUCGGAACAGAAGCAUGAUGGUUCGUUUGGUGAUCUUCUUGCUACAUAUUUUGUACUACCUGUGUUAAAUGGACGUAGUUUCGUGGAUAUUGGUAACGUUGGAUGUGAGAAAUUAAAAGUUACAGAUUAUUCAAAAAAUCCUAUAAAUCAAAAGGUAGAGCUUAUUACUGAAAAUUCAACAGGCCCACUGAUUCCACACUUAACUGAAUAUAAUUUAAAACAAAUUUCUCAAUUUCACAAGAAUCUUAUCAAUGUUGUUUUUUCUAUUUGGAGUGAAAGGAGUGGAAAAAAGUCUUGUUUCACUUUUCGUUCCAAAAAAUUUACCGUGCCUGAAAAUUCGUCAUUUUUAGAAGUUAUGAAAGUAGCUCAGAAAGAAGACAAGAGAUACAGUUUUAAAGCAAAGAAAUAUUCGUGGGGGUCAUUCAUAGAAGAAAUCGAUGGAAUCCAUAAUGAUAACGAUAAUCACUAUUAUUGGAUGUUAUAUAAAAUUAACGAGACAGGAGAUUUAGUCUUGACGUCAGAGGGGGCAGAUAAAGAACGGCCGAAAAAUAAUGAUCAUUACAUUUUUAAAUACUGUCUCGGUAUUUGCAGUUUGUGUUAAAAGAAGUGUUUCUCUAAAAAAUUAUUCAGUAUUGAAAAGAGAGUGUACAAUUUAAUUCAGUACCAUUUACUACACAUAGCAUAAUUUUUAAUAUUAAUUUUAAUAUUAAUGAACAAAUGUUCUCAAUUUAUAUUUGUAAUUAUGAAAUUAACUGUACACGUUUCAAUAAUUAA